GAACUCAUUCACGGGACACAAGCAUCCAACUUUGCACCACAAGAUUUUAUUAGCAACAUGCCAGAUAAAGUGGUAACAAAUAUCCUGGAUCGAUUGCCAUUACCACAUGCAAUGAGGACCAGUGUCUUGUCGAGAAAAUGGAGGUUUAAGUGGACUAUGCUUAGCCAACUCGUAUUUUAUGACAGCUAUUUUUGGAAUUUAAGAAAAGAUGAAAAUCGUCUGAGAGUUAUAAGUAGGCUUCUUCUUCAUCUUAGAGGUCCCAUUACAAAGUUUGUCCUCUACAUAGACGAUGGAUUGAAUGUUGAAGAUCUAAAUCAUUGGACUAUGUUCUUGUCUCGAAAAGGAAUCAAGGAUCUCACUAUUGGGAAGAGGAACAAGCCGUUAGUUAAGUUACCUACCCAUCUUUUCACUUGUUUAGAGUUGAAACAUUUGAAACUUUCUAAUUGGUGUAUCCAACUUCCAACUACUUUUCAUGGUUUUCCAAACCUGUUGAGCUUAGAGUUGUUGCAAGUUAACUUUGAAAGCGGGAAAUUUGAGGAGUUUAUUACGCUGUGUCCCGUACUUGAGAUUUUGAAGAUGAGUGAUCUCCGUAGUAAAGUGAAACCAGAUGACUUUGCAAAACUUGCAAAUCUUAAAACAUUAUCUUUGACGACCACACCUUUUAGUGAUAUCGAUGAGCCUAUAACGAUCACAAGUUCUAAUGCGAUCUUUGAGCUUCUUGGUUUUCUUCCAAAACUCCAAGAGCUUCAGUUGUCAUUUCCACGGUGCAAGUUCACAGAAGGUGGUUCUAAAAAAAGGUUUCCGGAUGCCUUUCCCUGCCUCAAGUCUCUUAUAUUGUAUGAUGUUGAUGUAGACAGUGUUAUUAUGGUAUCAUGUGUUUUUGAACUGAUUAGACACUUACCGAAUCUUCAGACUCUUGUAAUCUUAGCAUGUGACCAGAAAAAAAAUUGUUCUCCAGAGGUAGACUACAAUACAAUGGGGCCGUUGCAGCUUCGGAGUGUGAUGUUUAAUUGUUUGAAAGGUUCAGAGAAUGAAUUACGGUUGAUAAAGUAUUUACUUGCGUGUUCCCCUUUCCUGAAAAAGAUUGAAAUUUAUUUCCAAAAUUCUAUAAAGCGCCAUGAACAAUCAAUGUUUGCAACAAAGUUGUUGAAGAUCCAACGAGCCUACCCCGAAGUUGAUAUUAGUCUAUACUAAUUCUAGUUGGUUUGAACUUAUCUUUUAUUUUCCGCAUAUUUGUAUGAAUUUAUGUCCCCGUUUGUGUUAUGUGCUUUAAA